AUGAUGCCAAACCUCAAAGAGAGCUACUCGCCAUACGCCCCGCGCCGCCGCCGAUCCCCUCGCGUGGUCCUCACCUGGGUCGGAGUUUGGCUCACCGUGCUGACGCUUACUUGGUGGUUCACGUCGCGGCGGUCCGCCGCCAUCUCGGCGGCGGACAGGGAGUUUGCGGACGCCGUGAUCAAGGGCAAGGAGAUCCCCCCCGAGGCUGGCGCCUGA